GAGUGGUCGCUCGUUAGUUCGUUAUUCACUGCCUUUAUAUGCAAGUAGGCAGUCGGCUACCGCGUUUCCCGCUAAAAUCGCGUCUUUUUUAAUUUUUAUAUAUUUUUUUUAAUAAUGACCAAUAUAUGGUCGAGUGCAACUUUAUUAUGUGUGCUAACAUUAAUAUUAGAAGUUACAGAUGUACUCACAGUGAGUAAACCGAUAGAGCGAGCAUGUGUGAUCGGCGCCGGGUACUCAGGUCUGGCUGUCGCCAGAUACCUUCAGGAGUACGGCGUCAACUACACGGUGUUCGAAGCAUCUCGACAUGUCGGCGGUACGUGGAGAUUCGACCCUCAUGUCGGUACCGAUGAAGACGGUCUGCCGCUCUUCACCAGCAUGUAUAAGAAUUUAAGGACAAAUACUCCACGGCACACCAUGGAAUUCAGUGGGUUUCCGUUUCCGGAGGAUACCCCGUCAUAUCCUACAGGAACGUGUUUUUAUAAAUAUUUAAAGCUUUUUACCAAAAAAUUCGACCUCAUAAAAUUUAUACAGUUGCGAAGCUACGUGACAUCAAUAAAAAGGGCAAAUGAUAGAUGGAACGUGACAUACAUGAGAACCGACACCAGGGAUAACCACACAGAAGAGUGUGACUUCGUAGUUGUUUCUACCGGGGAAUACAGUAACCCAGUUUGGCCGAAAUUCGAAGGACAAAGCACAUUUAAAGGCAACAUCAUACACAGUCACGACUACAAAGAGCCAGAAGCGUAUACAAACCGUCGUGUGCUUCUCGUGGGAGCCGGUCCAUCGGGGCUUGAUUUGGCUAUACACUUGUCAAACAUAACUUCCAAACUGGUCCACAGCCAUCAUUUAACAUACAACCAGCCAGAUUUUUCAGACAGCUACAUCAAGAAACCAGAUAUAAAGUCAUUUACAACGAGUGGAGUUAUUUUUCAAGACGAUACUUACGAGGAUGUCGAUGACGUGAUAUUUUGUACAGGGUACGAACUGGCUCUUCCGUUUUUGGACGAAAACACAGGAGUAACGAAGACUGGCAAGUUUGUUCUGCCACUGUACCAGGAUAUAGUUAACAUACGGUAUCCAACUAUGGCGUUCGUAGGCAUCUCGAAAAAAAUUAUUAAUAGAGUACUCGAUGCUCAGGCACAAUAUACAGCCUUAUUAGCAGCGGGUAAAUUUGAACUUCCUCAUCAGAACGACAUGUUGAAAACAUGGCUCAGUCGUGCGCACGCGCUGCAGGCGAGGGGGAAGAGAAUUGUUGACAUCAACGCCAUUGGCGAAGCUAUGGAUCAAUAUUUCGGGAAUUUGACCAGAGAAGCAGGAGUGACGAGGGCGCCUCCGGUCUUGACUGAAAUUAGGGACUUCAACGCCGUGAACCGAUUGGAGGAUUUAAUGAAUUACAGAGAAUACGAUUAUUACAUCACAGACGAAUAUCACUUCGCCCGGUCGUACAAUCCUAGGAUGGGCGUACCUUGUCCUAUUGAUAUUGAAUGAUUAUAAUAUUUAUAAUCUAAGCCAUUAUAAAUUAUGCAUAUCUAUAUAUAUUGUACACAUUUUAAGCGCCAAUUUUAUUUAUGACAAACUUUUUUUUUAAAUAAGUAUCUGUUAUGUCACAAUAUAAUAUAAUAAAAUUGCCUAACACAUUGUAGUAUUUGUGAAUAAUAUUUUAUUUUUUGCGUUUUUUUGUUUAUUCUUGUUAUAGUGACAAAUAAGCUGACGGCCCACCUGAUAGAUAGAUUCCUUUGAACAGUUUAUAUAGUUUUUUAUGGAAAUAAUCUAUUAUUUUAAUAAAGUUAUAUUUUUAAUGGGUGCAAAUGGAAUGGUAAACCUGUCUGCGCUGGCAAGGCGCACGUGAGAAAUGACAGUUGAGUAUGAAAACAGUAGUUAACAUGAUGAAUUCCAGAAACUGCUCGGAGGUUUAUUUGAAAGUGUAUUAUGUUAGCAAUAGGGCUAUUAGAUGAAUUAGGCAUAUUAGCAGUAUUAAGACAAUCCCAGCUAGAUGGAAUAACACCUCAAAUUUGUUGUAGGUAGUCAAUAGAUAUUAUUGUAGUCUACAGGGAAGGCCUAAGUUCAACAGUAGACUACGAUGGUAGAAAUUUUGUGCUUAGUUUAGUUUUUAACUCGACCAACAGAAUAAAUUAUUGAAAUUGUAAGAUUAAAACAAGCUAAUGGAUAAUCAAAAGACCUUAUCGGUACCGAACUUUUUUAAAUUGUUAUUACUUUCUGUAUGUUGGUACAAUACUUUGACUAGACAAUAAUUUAUGACGCUUAUAUUAAUUUAUGACGAAUAUAAUAGAAAAUAAUAAAAGUGACGCUACAAAUAUCUACAGUAAUACAAAUAGUAUACUUACUAUAAUCGAAAAUAGAUUAGUAACUUUUUUAAAUGUGUGCAGGACAUGAAUAUUAUUUGUUUUUUAAGGUGCUAUGGCUGUAUUUUUUUUAUACAACUUAUUUUAAGUUGCAUAAAAGCAAACAAGCUGACGGCCCACUUGAUGGAAAGCGAUAACUGUCGCCUAUAGACAUGAGCAGUACCACGGACAUAACAGAGUAUACUGUUUCGCCCAUGAUACCCCCCAUACGUUGCAAUUCCUGAGGACUAAGGUAUUAUUCCUCGCUACCCUGUAAAUUCACUGCCAUAUCUCACAACACAACUGCUUCACGGUAGAAACACGAAUAGGACAGAGGUGCUCAAGCAAACGACUUUUGUACAAAAUCUUCUUCUAGUAAAUUAUGGAAUAUGACGUAUUACGUUAUUAAUAGAAAUGUAAUAAUAAUUAUAAAGUACGUGUAAUAUCAAAUGUUUAAUAAAUGUUUUUCUAUUUC